AUGGUAGCGCAGCCGACCCCUUCAUGCCGAAUCCAAGCGUACUCGCACCCUAUCCGCACGAAACGACGACGAGAUUCCCCCGACGCCGCCGGCGCCAACAAGCGACGAACCGCCUCGCCUCUCCCUCCGCAGAACGGUCGCCAACAGGCCCGUCACGAAGGCCGACACAUAAAACAACCCACACAACCCACGCCCAUGCGCCGCACCGACUUUCUGCGCUGGCUCGACGCGAUCCCUGACGGCGCCGACGUCGACGCCCAAGUCGACCUCCGUAAGCGACCGAGAGCUGCCAAGGACGAAGACCUGUCCCAGCCGCAGCCAGACGGCCUUGCCAAGAGAAGGCGAUGCGACCCCUGUCGCGCUGAUUUCCGCACGCCACCACUGUCGCGCUCUGCGUCGGGACAGAUGGACCACGGCCAGGACAGCGCCCGCCGCGAGGCAACAACCCCCCCAGACGCGGACCUGUCAAGCCAUGGAGCCGUUGCCAACGACGACACGCCGCGGGCUACCCUCGUCGAUCGGCCACGGCACCGCCAGCUCGACCGCCACAUGUCCACAUCACACUCGUCACGCUCGUCACGCGCUGGGUCGUCGGCUUCGUCUGACAAACAAACUACGGGCAGCCAACCGUCGUCCACAGGUCGCAAAAGGAAGAGAGACAUGAAGGUGGCGCCGGACCGAGUUAAUAUCAAGACUUUCGCCACAGGCGUUAGAACCAUGCUCCUGCCGCCACGCCUCGGCGAGCUUGAUGCGGCCUUUAAAAAGUCGUGGGCUGGCUGUGUGUCCUCGUCUCGAUACACAGAGAUAAUGCAAGCCGAAGCGCCCCUCAACGACAUCGCCGCCAUGCCCGAAUCCGCCUUCUUCGCCGCCCCGCCGCCCGAGCACCAAGGCCGGCCGUUCGAGGCUCAAGAGUCGCCUAGCUUGGCCGACGUUGUAUCGUUGUUAGCCAAGGCGGCACAAUGCGAGGAGGACGGCUGGGACGAGGCCGGUUGGAACAUGGCUGUUCACUAUCCUCUCAUGCGUCUGGCCGUCCCGGACGGCAGCCAGCUCGAAGUUACACCUUGCAUCACGGCGCAAAUCCAGCCUCGGUUCCAACCCCUUAGCACAUCGUCAUCUCGUGUUGACUAUUGCAUUACUAUCAACCCGCACUGGCCCCACCAGCGCGGCGUCGAUACUCCCGCCUUGCGCGCCAUUACCGAACGCCAAUUUUACCUUCCGGAACGUUCCAUUAGCCAUACUAGCUACGAACCCUUAAUUUCGCGACCUAUAGCCGUUAGCAUCGAAACCAAGCGCCCCGAUGGCUCCCCGGACGAAGCCAUAGCCCAGCUGGGCAUUUGGCAGGCGGCCCAGUGGAGGAUGCUCGAGGAGCUGGCCCCGCCCUUGCCGCCGGCGCCUACAGGACCGGCAGACUUGUUCGCUGCUCCGCCGUCGCGACCACCGUAUCUGGCGCUGCACGGGGUGGACUUUUUGCCAGCCGUUUACAUCGUGGGGCACGAAUGGAAGUUUGCGGCUUUAACCCGCGAUGCCGCUCCCGCUACCGGCUCCAAAGGGAUGGCGAUUCAAUCACAAAGUACGCUAUGGACCAACUGCACUAUGGGCGACACUUCGAGCGUUCACGGAAUUUACCGCAUUAUAUGGUGUCUCCGGCGGCUGGCCCGGUAUUCUAUGGAGGAGUUUUGGCCGUGGUACCAGCGGCAUGUUUUGCGGAUGGAUUUUGGUGGUUGAAAUAAAUGCCGUCUUUUUUUUUCUCUUUUGUUCCUGUCUUUUGUUCUUGCUUUCGUUUUUAUUUCCUAGUAUCCCACCCCAUUGUGGCAAAGUUACAACCGAGUUUCCAUUGUUAAAUCGCGUUCUUGCUUUCCGGAACCUUAGCUUCCUCGCUUGCCCCCCAAACCCGAAGCCCGCCUGCAAAAUGACAGUAAGCCCAAUUUCCUUGUUAAUUUCCUCCAUCCGCUCAAAGUCGGCCUGGGGGGCGGAAAACACGGCACCCACCGAGUAAUGCUCCACGACAAUCCGAAAAAGGCACGGCACCAUUCAUUUAUGUUCUUCGGCUUAAGUUUAGGUUUUGAAAGCCAAUGCCGUUCCAAUACGGAAAAAACGCUAAGCUUAAUUCAGG